AUGUUUGUGUACAACAUAUUUAUGGAUGGUGAGGUUAAUGAAACAUACAUAACUCUUGAAGGACAUGUGGAGUUACAUAAAUACAAAUAUCUUUAUUUCGCAGUGACACUGACUGUGUAUAUUUUUAUUGUUAUCUCAAAUCUGACCAUUGUGUAUCUUAUUUGGAUGCAUACAAACCUACAUGAGCCCAUGUACAUAUUCAUUGCAGCUUUGCUUCUAAACUCUGUUGUUUUCAGCACAAAUAUUUAUCCAAAAUUGCUCUCAGAUUUCUUAUCUGAAAAACAGGUUAUAUCAUAUCCAGCUUGUUAUUUGCAGUUUUUUCUAUUUUAUUGUUUGGGUGCUUCAGAGUUUUCAUUGUUGGCAGCUAUGGCCUAUGAUCGGUAUGUGUCUAUCUGUAAACCUCUGCAAUACGCAGCAAUAAUGGGAAGAAACACAAUGAGUAUUUACCUCAGUUUAGCUUGGCUGGUGCCUGCUUGUCUGAUUGCAGUGAUGGUAAUACUGAGUGCUAACACAAAACUCUGCAGAUUGAAUAUAAAUGGAAUUUUAUGUAAUAAUUCAAUUUACAGUCUCCACUGUGUAGAUUCAAAAGUGCAAACUGUAUUUGGUGCUGUUGUACUGGUUAUGACUCUAUUGUUUCCUAUGCUUUUCAUAGUUUUUACUUACACAAGAAUAUUUAUAAUAUGUUAUCACAGUUCCAAAGAUGUUAGAAAGAAAGCUGCUCAGACAUGCAUGCCCCACUUGCUAGUUUUGAUCAGUUUCUCCUGUUUGUGUGCAUUUGAUGUCAUCAUAGUACGACUGGGAUCCAACUUUACUAAGGUUGUGCGUUUAAUAAUGACUUUACAGGCAGUUUUGUAUCAUCCUCUAUUUAAUCCAAUCAUAUAUGGCUUAAAAAUGAGGGAGAUAUCUAAACAGCUGACAAGAUUGUUUUCUCAGGUUAAAGUAAUAAACCACUGA